GGAUGAGGAAGUAGUGAUGGUGAGCACAUGGGUGUGGUUGCAGUUACCCCAUCAGCCUUUCAGGAGUGACAUACAGAGGAAAGCAUCGUGAAUGAUAAAUUGAGACUGUGGAUAAAUCUCUGGACCUGGGCACCUCACAGGAUGGAUACUAAGAUUUAUUUGGUUUCCUUGACCUUUCUCGUGCUUGUCACAUUAAAAGUGUCAACGGCUCAGGUACCCACCACCACAGAUCAAAUGGACUCAACAGCAACACCCACUGAAAGAGUGAGAGGCACCAGAGUUGCUGACUCCUCCCCGAAAACUUCCCCUGCUAAGCAAACCACAAGCCAGCACAUAAACACCACCAACCCAGUCAAUGGCAACACCACAUCAGAAAUUAAGACUUCAACAGCUCCCAGUGACGUAGACACAACAAAACCACAAACAAAGCUCACAUCCUUUCCAGCGACAUCCUCCUCAUCCAGAAGUGAGAAAACCACCAAAAAAGGGGCCGAUGCCUGGGAGGCUUCCUGUGUUCAACAGUCAAACUUAAUUCAGUACUUCUUUCUACUUUUACUUCUUAUAGAUCCGAAGUGGGACAAAGACUUCAGCUAUGAUUAUGAGUCCCUGCGCAGGGCUGGAUUGUCCAUAGCGGCAUUUCUUUUCGUCCUGGGCAUCCUGGUCAUUAGCUGUGGCAAGGUCUGUCGCCUGCCCAAGUGUCACAAGAGAUCAACUAAGUCAUAUCGAGUGGUCCAGGGAUAAGGAGAGAGUGUACGCUGAUGAAGUACAGAGCUGCAAGAAACCAACCUGGAGUACACCAAGAGAAAAACACUCAGCCAACACCUGGCAACAUGUGUGUGCAUGUGGAUUGACUGUAUGCUGCUUUGUAACAGUUUCAAACCAUGAAUCAUGCAGACAAGUGUGAAACAAAAGUGGAACCAUCACCCGCUUAAUCUUUGUCAAAUGUAUUUUCUAUAGUUGGCACUAAAAAAAGUAAAGUGAUUAUUUAUCUUGGAAAAUAAUGAAUUAAAAAAGAUAUGAUUCAAAUUUUAA